AUGUCCCGUGUGUACUGCGCCCUCGCCGACCUGCCCGUAUGUCCCGUGUGUACUGCGCCCUCGCCGACCUGCCCGCCCUCCUGCGCCGCUGACUGUACCCGCCCGGGGCCACACCUACACACCGCGGCCGGACAGGUAUGUCCCGUGUGUACUGCGCCCUCGCCGACCUGCCCGCCCUCCUGCGCCGCUGACUGUACCCGCCCGGGGCCACACCUACACACCGCGGCCGGACAGGUAUGUCCCGUGUGUACUGCGCCCUCGCCGACCUGCCCGCCCUCCUGCGCCGCUGACUGUACCCGCCCGGGGCCACACCUACACACCGCGGCCGAACAGGUAUGUCCCGUGUGUACUGCUCCCUCGCCGACCUGCCCGCCCUCCUGCGCCGCUGACUGUACCCGCCCGGGGCCACACCUACACACCGCGGCCGAACAGGUAUGUCCCGUGUGUACUGCUCCCUCGCCGACCUGCCCGCCCUCCUGCGCCGCUGACUGUACCCGCCCGGGGCCACACCUACACACCGCGGCCGGACAGGUAUGUCCCGUGUGUACUGCUCCCUCGCCGACCUGCCCGCCCUCCUGCGCCGCUGACUGUACCCGCCCGGGGCCACACCUACACACCGCGGCCGAACAGGUAUGUCCCGUGUGUACUGCUCCCUCGCCGACCUGCCCGCCCUCCUGCGCCGCUGACUGUACCCGCCCGGGGCCACACCUACACACCGCGGCCGGACAGGUAUGUCCCGUGUGUACUGCGCCCUCGCCGACCUGCCCGCCCUCCUGCGCCGCUGACUGUACCCGCCCGGGGCCACACCUACACACCGCGGCCGGACAGGUAUGUCCCGUGUGUACUGCGCCCUCGCCGACCUGCCCGCCCUCCUGCGCCGCUGACUGUACCCGCCCGGGGCCACACCUGCACGCCGCGGCCGGACAGGUAUGUCCCGUGUGUACUGCGCCCUCGCCGACCUGCCCGCCCUCCUGCGCCGCUGACUGUACCCGCCCGGGGCCACACCUACACACCGCGGCCGGACAGGUAUGUCCCGUGUGUACUGCGCCCUCGCCGACCUGCCCGCCCUCCUGCGCCGCUGACUGUACCCGCCCGGGGCCACACCUACACACCGCGGCCGGACAGGUAUGUCCCGUGUGUACUGCGCCCUCGCCGACCUGCCCGCCCUCCUGCGCCGCUGACUGUACCCGCCCGGGGCCACACCUGCACGCCGCGGCCGGACAGGUAUGUCCCGUGUGUACUGCGCCCUCGCCGACCUGCCCGCCCUCCUGCGCCGCUGACUGUACCCGCCCGGGGCCACACCUGCACGCCGCGGCCGGACAGGUAUGUCCCGUGUGUACUGCGCCCUCGCCGACCUGCCCGCCCUCCUGCGCCGCUGACUGUACCCGCCCGGGGCCACACCUACACACCGCGGCCGGACAGGUAUGUCCCGUGUGUACUGCGCCCUCGCCGACCUGCCCGCCCUCCUGCGCCGCUGACUGUACCCGCCCGGGGCCACACCUACACACCGCGGCCGGACAGGUAUGUCCCGUGUGUACUGCGCCCUCGCCGACCUGCCCGCCCUCCUGCGCCGCUGACUGUACCCGCCCGGGGCCACACCUACACACCGCGGCCGGACAGGUAUGUCCCGUGUGUACUGCGCCCUCGCCGACCUGCCCGCCCUCCUGCGCCGCUGACUGUACCCGCCCGGGGCCACACCUACACACCGCGGCCGGACAGGUAUGUCCCGUGUGUACUGCGCCCUCGCCGACCUGCCCGCCCUCCUGCGCCGCUGACUGUACCCGCCCGGGGCCACACCUACACACCGCGGCCGGACAGGUAUGUCCCGUGUGUACUGCGCCCUCGCCGACCUGCCCGCCCUCCUGCGCCGCUGACUGUACCCGCCCGGGGCCACACCUACACACCGCGGCCGGACAGGUAUGUCCCGUGUGUACUGCGCCCUCGCCGACCUGCCCGCCCUCCUGCGCCGCUGACUGUACCCGCCCGGGGCCACACCUACACACCGCGGCCGGACAGGUAUGUCCCGUGUGUACUGCGCCCUCGCUGACCUGCCCGCCCUCCUGCGCCGCUGACUGUACCCGCCCGGGGCCACACCUACACACCGCGGCCGGACAGGUAUGUCCCGUGUGUACUGCGCCCUCGCCGACCUGCCCGCCCUCCUGCGCCGCUGACUGUACCCGCCCGGGGCCACACCUGCACGCCGCGGCCGGACAGGAGCCGGGCGCCGCCCCCGCGCCCCCCGCGCCCCUCGCGCCCCCCGCGCCCCCCCUCCCCGGUAGCGGCCAUCAGGGCCGUGAGGAACGAUCCAGUGUUUAA